UCUAAAGUCGGUGGCCUACAUUUUCUUUUACUGUGCAAUUACAAGAUUGAAAAAAUCCCAUUGAAAUGAUCAAACUUUCACAAACAGAUGCUUCUCUCAUGGUCUUUAAUAUAUAAACAUAACUUCUCUCCGCACAGAUAUUACAUAUGGAAUAACAAAGACAUAACAUACGGAAACAAAUCCUUAUUUUACCCUGCCUGGUUUUCUCAUAAUAUACGACUGGUUCACCAGCUGUUUGAUUCCGAUGGCUUGCUGUUUACUUAUGAAGAAUUUAUUUCAAAACACAAUGUGUUAAUCCCUACGGACGAAUUUAAGAUAAUCAUUAAUGCAAUUCCUGCUGGUGUCUCUUUGCUAUUUAGAAGCCCAGCGGACCAAAUACCAGCUCCUUUGCAUCUUGAUCCAUCUAAAAGCGAAGUAGGCAGGAUUUGUUUCUCGAGAACACGUAAAAACAAUCGUUCCAUACGUGCUUUAUUUCAACGGGACAUAGUGUCUCUUCCUCACAUAACAUCUUAUUGGAAUCAAUUAUUACAUAAUCUUGACUGGAAAAGAAUCUGGAUCUUACCAACUAGAUAUAUGAUUAACAACAAAAUAAAAGAAGUAUCUUUUAAGUUAAUUCAUCAAAUUUAUCCUUCCAAAAUAUUUAUUUUACAGCGUUUUAAAAAACAAAUUGAUAGUGAUUGCUCUUUCUCUUCAAACUGCCCUGAAGAAAAUGUUUCACUCAUUUUGGUCUUGCCCUGUCUCCAAUAAUUUCUGGAAAGAUGUUUGUAUUUUUAUUUCUACUUUUAUUGACAACAGUUUUACUCUUUGUUUUGAAAAUAUACUGUUUGGUUUCACGUCUUUUACCUCGUCUAAAAACAGACACUAUUAUAUGAUUAAUCUUAUAAUUUUACUAGCUAAAUUUCAUAUUCAUAAACGUAGGUGUAUAAAUAAAAAUCCUUGUUUUAUUUUCUUCCAAAAUGAAACUAGACAGUAUAUUCAUACCAUUAAGAAUUCUUUGAACGCUAAAAAGCCAUUAAAACGGUAAAUUUGUGUAGUUUAUUUCAUGUUUUUCUGUAGAAUGUAAUCUUGUCUUUGACCCCCCCUGGCAAAUUGUCUUCUGCGUUGAAUUGUUUUGUUCUGUUUAAUGUUCAAUAAAGAAAAAAAAAAAACCACGUAAUCGGAAAGUUGUCGGCGCCGCCUUGUGGACACAGUCUUGAAGUCUUUUUUUUUUUUUUUUAAAGACUUGUCUAAAAACAUAAACAUGAUACUGUACAUGGUCUAAAAAAAAAAAAAAAUCUAUUGAAUUACAGUGUGUGUGUAUUUGUCCGUUGUCAGACUAAAGUGCAGCUUUCAGAAGGGCCAAAUGAAUAUUCAAAAAUCAACCGAAAGGAACAAGGAGAGUUUAACUCACAAGUGGGCGUUGAACACAAGGGCGAAGGGACUGCACGCGGAUGAACCUGUGCAAAUUUUGGCCCAUGGUGCCCACCGUACUUCCUUGCCCGAGCGAAUCUGUGGACGAGGAGACAGGGAUCGUCUUUCAAAGGCCUCGCCGUUGUGUACCUCAAGCGCCGCCGUCCUCGGAAUCUUUGCGCGGGGCGACAGGCACGAUGGAGGCCUUAAAGAUGCGACUUGACUUCCCGAGCACCAUCAUACAAGCCCAGGCGGUGCGAAGGCUCGUUGCUGCCGUGCUUAAAGAGAAAGGCCAGAGUGGACAGAUCAGCCAUUCGGUCACACAGGGCUCUGCGCUGGAGACUCUCUGGGAGCAGUGCUGCAGCGACUGCGCUGCGGUGCGUUCGGUCUGCUGUGAUGCCGUCGUGCUGCUGGUGGAUCAAGGCCACGCCGACCUGCACCAAGUCCUGAACGUCGUCCUUAACUUGCUGCCGUCUGCGAGGAACAUGCAGGGUCUAGUUAAAAUCGUGGGGAUGCUGCUACAGAUGCAGGCGGACCGCCGAGACCGGGACGCGGACUUCGCUUGUCCUUACGGCAUCAGGCGAAAUCCCCACCCAUACAUAACAGCAUUGGAGAACCGUCCGGACUGCUGGACUGCCAUCCUCUCAGCGAUCGAUGACUUUACUCAGCUGGCUGUUGACAGAAACGAACGGGCCUACAUCGCCGCGCUGGUCCCCUUCCUACGGUACCUCUACUGCCAACCCGAGAGGCGGCCCGAGCACAGCCUCCUCCGACAGGGUCUCCUUCGGACGUUGCUUCCCGCUGACCCGGUCGGCGUCCCUGACGCGCAGAACGAGAGCCCGCCGGCGUCCGACAUCUUGCUCCGAUGCCUCUGCCAGCUGGCGCCGCGCAUACCGGUGGACUGUGUGGAGGCGGUGCUGGAGCUGCACUGGUUCGUCCGGGCUCUGCUUCCCAGCCUGUCCACAAAGCGCAAAGAGCCUUGGACGAGCGAGCGAGCCCGCCUCCUGAUCCAGCUGCUCUGCGCCUGCCAGCGCUGCCUCCGCUGCAACGGAGACUGUCGGCCUCUCGUCGCCUCCAUGACGCAGCUCAUCCCGACUUCCCCGGAGGAGCUGUCUUUGGAUGAGCUGUUAAUGGGCGUGGCCUUGCUCCUUUUGGAGGCCCCCGCAGCACAACAGAGUAGCCUACUCCGUCUAGUGCUAACUGUCGUGCCCGAGGACACGGAGGCGUCGCACUGGUUGAGCCCCGUCCUGGUUCUUCCCGUGCUGCAGCUCCUGUCCUGUUCGGAUCUCACCGAGCCGCUGGCGGAGCGCCACACGCACAACCUCAACCAGAAGCUGGCUCAGAGUGUGCUGAAUAGGGUCGGCGGGCAGACCGCGACCCCCCACCAGUCUGGUCUACCGGAGCCACUUGUUCUCACUCCCUGGUUCAGUGAACUGAGAGCAGCCGUGUCCACGCUGCGUCGGGCGGUCGACCGCCCGUCGGUGGCCGUCGACUGGCUCCUCUCGCUCGCCUCGGCUCUGUCGUCAAAGCGGCGCCUGCCGAGCUGCCUCGCCCUCAUUGUCAGCCACCUCCUCCUCACGGGUCCGGAUGACGUGUGCCGGUUGGCUCUGGACGCCGUACGGGCCAUCGCGAACGCCGACCCGCACCAGGCGCCGUCCCUCCUUCCAGUGCUGCUGUUCAAGCUGGGGAAAGAAAAGAAUCCACUCCUGUCUCACGCGGUGCUCGACUGCCUGCCAAACCUCGGGACCCACAAGCUGUGUGUGCCCGCGGUGCUGCGGACUCUCGGCACGCUCGCCGGCAACCUUAAACUCAACGCGGCGGCCAUGCGACUCACAACCACUCUUUGGAAGAAACAGGACCGAGUUUACCCCGAGCUUCAGCAACUGAUGGCUCAGCAGGACAACAGGGUGGUGAUGGGGAAGGAAACCCAGUGGGAGCGGGUGCUGGCCCGAGCGGCCUGUCUUCGAGACAUCUGCCGGGAGAGGCCUUACCAGCACGGAAGUGACAUGUUGGCCGCCAUCGUGUUGACCCUGAAGCAGUGCGUCAGGCCUGACCAGACGACCCCUGCAGUGCUUGCCCUGCAAGGACUUCAGGAGCUGUGCCGUGCAGAGGUAGUGGACAUUGUGUCGACAUGGAGAAGUCUCGGACCAGAGCUCAGGUGUGACACCCGUCCACUGAUGAUCAAGACCGUCUCUCAGCUUCUGGCUCUGGUUCCCCAACUCGGCGUCAAGUCUGAGGAAUAUGAGAAACUAAAGGAAGAAGCGGUCAGCCUUCUGUGGAAUUAUGCUGUUAACAAGGAUCCAGAGGUGGCCAGCUGUGGUUUUCAGGCCUUGGCAGACUUCCCAGAAGUGGUUCACACUAUAAAUCAUCUCCCCGAGGCAGCCAGGCCUGCCGUGGAGCCGCCUGAGCUCGAGGAUGACGAGCAGGCUGGGGAGGAGGAAGAGAAAGACCUGUCAGUCACGGGUUCAUCGUAUGUAAAGUUGCUGACUCUCACCCCGUCGCCUGCUUUCCCAGGAUUGGAGCGCUUCCUGUCUUCACUGGUCAAGCAGGAGAUGAGCCAGAUGCCGAGGGGGGUGUAUUUUUCCGCCCUGCGGGGGGCCGGCCUGCGUUCGGACCACGGUAAAACUAUGGCGGGAAUCCCGGCCUUCAUGCUCAAGUCCUACGAGAAGAACAAGCAGCCGGGGCUCAAGCAAGGACUGGCAGCCGGACUGUUGCUCUGCUAUGAGCUACCGCAUCAGACGGAUCGGGAGGGCCGCCCCAUCCAGCGCCACCUGCUCAGCCGCAGCCGUGCCUAUCAGCAAACCAUGACCGCUCUCAUUCACGAAGUGAACAUUCAGCCGUCCGAAUGGCACCACUCGCUGCUCCUCCCUCAGGCGUGGCAGGUUUUCAUGAACCGCACGUUCCACGCAGUCCUCGAGGGUCGACGUGCCGAUCUGGAAAUGCAGCACAAAAAAGAGCAAGAAGACCCAGAAGAGCUGCAGUACAAACAACACUGCGCCUGGCUUUGGGCCAGAGAUCACUUGACAAAUACCAUCAAGGGUGCAACAAAGGACAGUCCAGUUAUUCAAGGAAACUCCGUACUGGCUCUGAGUGGCCUAGCUGCCGUCCUGGCGAAAUACGAGCGCAACCUUCCUCCCGACGACGCCGGCUUCCGAGCUGGACCCGAGUUUGUGCCCACAAGCAGCUGGUUGGCAAUGGUGCUUGACACCCUGCUCAGCAUCAUCAGUAGCAGCUACAAGGCCAAAGGUCAAGUGUUUCCAUGGUACCUGCAUCGCUCUUAUUCGGGCGAGAACACCGCGAGCGCCAUCGCCCGUUCCUGCGCCAGCCUGGCGCUGUCCCCGCUGGUGCCGGCGCUGGUUCUGUGGCACCAAGACAGCGUGAAGCAGGUGGUGUCCGCGCUGUGCUCCGGCCUGCCCGGGUCGCCCGCCGCCGACGACUCUCAGGCCAUUCAGUUCCACUCUGGCCUUGCUCUCGGCAUGGUUCUGUCCGGCCUGCAUCAGCAGCGACUCAGUGACAUCCCACCUCAUAAGGACGCUGACCUCCUCCUCAAUGCAACGUCGGCUCUGGAAGCUUGCUCCUUCGACACCAACGCAGAGUACAAUACCGGCUGCGUGUUGGGACUGGGUCUGGUGCUUUCAGCUCUUUGCAGUGGCGGGCACACACACCAACACCCCCGUGUCACCCAAACACUGGACAAACUACUCGGCGCCCAGCAGGAUAGUGGUGGACAGGGACGCAUGCUGCAGGAGGUUUUGGCGUACUCUGUGGCCUGCGUUAGCGUCUCGGCCUUUAGCUGCGGCGUCAUCGAUGCUGGCAAGGCGGAUGAGGUGAUGAUUGCUCUGCGCACCUUGACGGAGGACAGCCAGCAGACCCCAGGCUUCUCCAUGGCGCUGGGCCUCGUGGUCCACGGCCUGUCUCUGGCCGGCCACGGCAAAGCGGAGGACCUGCAACCUCGGCUGCUGGCUGCCUGGGUUCAGAUUUUACUGAAGGAGGGUUGUCCCACCAUGCAGCGGCUGGCCGCUCUUCACGGACUGGUCGCUUUAGUGGGAUCUGAGAGUUACCUCAUUCAGCUCAAGAGCGAACUGGAGCUUUCCUCCAAUCAGCAGAGCCGACUUAACGAGGUCAUCCGGGCCGUCUUGCAGAUUGUAACCUUCUCAGGAGCGAUUGGUUUGCAGUCCAACUGUGCCUGCCUGCUGGGCCACUUGCAUUUGUCGCACAUGUUCAGCAGUCACAGUCACACAGCGGUGCCUCAGGAUUUUGGUUACCUCACUGAGAAAAGCGUCAUCAGGGCCAUCGUGGAUUUGCUCACGGAGGCGGGAAAGAAAGGCCCUGAGUUUGCACAUCCGAGUGUGGUGGAAACGGCACUGAAGCCUCUGGUCUCAGUCGGAACCGCCGUCCAGUACCCGCCCGUCAACUGGAGCGCCAUCUUGUCCCCUCUGAUGCGACUCAGCUUUGGUGAGGAGGUUCAGCAUCAAUGCGUGGCGCUGGCUGCAGCUCAAGCUCAGUAUUCCCAGAGCGCGUCGCUCUUUCUGGGUUCCUGGCUCUCCUCGCCUCUUGUGUACAGUCUCAGUUACCAAACACGGGACUUUUUGCACGAGAGCCUGUCCUCGUGGAUGAAACACGUCCCCGAAGACAAGCUCCAGUUCUUUGUGGGCACGCUCGGUCUGCAGAGCUUCGUGGAGGACCUCACACCUCAGCGUCUCUCCCUGCGACGCUCCCUGCUGCUGGGCCUUGCCCGAGCCAUGGGUGCCCCCAACCCCCCCAGCGCUUGCUGGACUGUCCUGCGUUCCACCACCGAGGAGAUCUUCAGCCUCCUGCCCGGCCAGAUAGCGGAUAGCGAAGUGGAAUUCUAUGUGGGAGUCGCCGAAUGUUUGUCCGAGAUGUCCGAUACGGAGAUUGACCGCAUUGCGAGUGUCACGGAGACACAGAUGGAGAAAACCUGCUUCGUCUUGGCCUACCUGGUAUCCCGGGGCAGAAUUCCACUCCUGGGUCUGAAUGACGUCAUCGCCAGCGUGCUCCGUGGUUGGCCGAGCCAGCGGGUGGGCUGGAUCCUCCUGCAGACUUUCUACCAGUGUCGAUUGGCUUCCAGUGUCAAUACAGGUGUUUCAAAACGAAUGGAGUGGCUGCUGGAAUUGAUGGGGCUCAUCCGGAACGUAGCCUACGGUGCCAGGACUGUCACGUGUGGGAACACCAAACUGGCCACAGACUUUCUGUUUCAAGUCUUUGCUGCCGCUGUCGUUUCCUGGGGCGACCACUACGUGCCCCUGCUGCUCGGGAUCAGACCCUGCUGGUUCCCGUGGCAACCAGCCUCAAAACCCGCAGCGCUCCCGCACGCCUUGUACGGCGCGGAGUUGCUGACGGAGCACGCUGUAUCGCAAUGCCUGCUGGGACUGCCUCACAGCUUGCCCCUGCUUCUCGACAAAGAACCGUGGAAUUGUCAGUCGCCCAAGUUCAUAGACUGGCUUCUCAGCAUCACAGAAGGACCUGAAGAAAGUUUGUCAGCCACGACAAUGGACGCGGUCCGAGCGGCUCUGUUGGCUCUGCAGUGCUCCCCCGAGUUCAAGAAGAAAUCGGUGUGGACCAGAGCGUAUGGCUGGUAGUCUCUGCUGAUGUCGUCUCUCCUUCAGUGACAGCCACACUGUGAGCGACGCUCCUGAGAAAACAAAAAAGUAUUUUGUUUCUCCCCCCCCCUCACCCAACUUUCACGGCGACUAAAGCUCCACUUACCUGAAGCAAGGAGAGACAGCGAGACCGCGAGAAUGAUCGGGCGGCGAAUGGGCGCAGAGGCUGUGGUAUUCCCCAAGCUAGACGCUUCUUGCUCUAUGAAAUGCGCAGCAUGGCAUAUAGUGAACCCUGAAACAAAUGUCAUUGUACCUCUUUGAGAUUGUACCCGUUUAUGAGCGAUUAUGACAGAACUCCAGAAUUGCAAUAAAAGCGAGCAUCAUGGCA